AUGAAUAAUGAUGAACUGUACGCUGAAGAUGUUAAACUGCGCGUGGAACAGGUGAGAUCGUUGCCUUUCCUUGCGGUGACUGUCUGCAACAACAAUCCCAUCAGAGAAUCGCAGCUGAAGUUUUCUAAAGGAUUGCACGAUUUGAUAGCUGCUUACAGAAAUGAGAACGAAAGUUUCAAUCACACGAUUGCUGAGUAUCAGAUCAUUCAAGAGGAUUUUCAAUCUCUUGCUUUGUUAUUUUCAAAAGAAGAAUACAUUGAAGAGAUAACGGAAUCAUCUGGGUUGAGAGUUGUGAUUCAUGACCCUAAACGAAUGUCAUUUCCUGAAGAUGAAGGAAUAUUUGUGUCUCCUUAUGCUCUUACUCAUAUUGGUGUUAAAAGGGGUUGUCAAUACAGGUGCCUAGGGGAGGAGGUUCUUUGUAGAUGUUCGUGCUUAUAUGUCAAAUUUGCAACUCAGUUCAAACUUCACGAACUGUUUUCGAACGUUGGAGGUACGUUGGGUCUGUACAUGGGCUUCUCACUGCUGACCAUCGUUGAAAUUGUUGUCCUGUUGUAUGAUCUCUUUCGAGCUGCAGUUCUUCAGAGGAAUGGCAAUAACAUUUUGGAGCACGUCAAGAGAAACAGUUUUCAUCAUGUCGUUAAGACAUCAAUUUGUGCUUGGUUUUGUUGA